UCUUCAAUACUUCUCAUUACAUAACAAACCCCAUUUGGUUCCCUCUUCCAACAAAAAACAAUUUCUGUAUUUGUCAAACUAUACCCAUCAUUUUGAACCAUGUCUUUCUCAACCAAAUUGUCUUUGGUUCUUUUAUUUUCUUCCAUUUUCAUCCAUGCAUCUUUGGGUGAGAUGGUAUGUGAGGACCUUCCAAAGGAUGUGUGUGCAUUCUCUAUAGCUUCAUCAGGGAAGAGGUGUUUGUUGGAGACGGAGAAGGCGGCGGACGGCGGAGUGGAGUACCAAUGCCGGACAUCGGAAGUGGUGGUGGAGAGGAUGGCAGAGUACAUAGAAACAGACCAAUGUGUGGAGGCAUGUGGGGUUGAUAGGAGUUCUGUUGGGAUCUCAUCUGAUGCUUUCUUUGAGCCACAAUUCACUGGCAAGCUUUGCUCCCCAGCUUGUUACCAAAAGUGCCCCAACAUUGUUGACCUUUUCUUCAAUUUGGCUGCUGGAGAGGGGGUAUUUUUGCCAGAACUUUGUGAGAAGCACAAGACCAACCCUCGUCGUGCUAUGGUCGAGCUUGUGAGCUCCGGAGCUGCCCCUAGUCCUGUUUCUGAUGUGUCAGAGGACAUUUCUUCAGGACCUGCCCCUGCUCCUCUGUAAUCUUGGUCCCUUGAAAUUUCACUUUCCUUUUCAGAGAUUGUGUAAAUCGGGCGACCCAUCAUAUUUUAUAGGGGCUUAUGUCCCCCUUGCCUAGGAGGAGACAUUUGUUUCAUGCACAUUCACUGUUUUCUGUGCCGAACAUUUUUAUUUUUUUAUUUUACUAAAUAAUGGGACCCAUAUCAAAAAUUGUCUCGGCAGCAGAAGGAAUCAAUUUUCCUGUUGGUGGACACUUGUAUUUCCCUAUUUCAUAUUACUCUAUUAGAGAAUAUAUAUAGAAGGACUAUGAUUUCAUUUUUAUGGGUUGGGUUCUGAUUAAUGUUAUAAUCAAGGUUGAGUUAUGUAUGGUAUUGAAUAUUGAUAGGUUUAUUUUAUGCUGUCCUCCAAAUUUAUCAAAUUU